UAAACUGGAUUUUAUAUGAAAAAGAUUUCAAAAAGAACGGCUCAAAUGAAAUGCAACCCUCUGGCGAACAACAUGUACGAUCCUUAAUAAGAUCAACAGAAAAUUUACGAAUGCCUGAUCAAGAAGAUGGAGCUAUAAUGGCAGGUGAUAUACCACAAAAACUAGAGAAUGGCAAUGCUAAUGGUUUAUGGAUUAUGAGGAAAUUUUGGAAAUACUAGGUUUUGGAAAAACGCAAUGGAUUUUAUUGCUGGUCAGUGGCUUAUUGACCAUGACUUCUAUGUCUGCUGUUUUAUCGGUUGGUAUAAUAGGCAUUGCCUCACAGUGUGAAUUUGAUAUAACACAAAAAGAAAGGGGUAUAAUGAUGGCGUCUUGUGUGACGGGUGUGGUUAUCUCAACCUAUUUUUGGGGCUGUAUGAGUGAUGUUUGGGGUAGACGCACGGUUUUAUUAUGGUCCAUGUUUGUUUCAAACUUCCUGCAAUUCGUAAUAAUGUUUGUAACCAAUAUUUGGUUAUACAAUAUUAUAAAUCUUGUAAUGGGAAUCAGUUUAGGUGGUAUAUUAGGUGCCAUGUAUCCGUAUCUUAGUGAGUUCAAUACGGCUAGAUAUCGUGCUAUAGUUAUAAAUUAUUCUACUAUGUUUGUUAGUGUAACAGUUAUGUUUGUGCCAGCCAUUUCCUGGUUGGUGCUGUCCUACAAUUGGUCCUUUGAAAUAUCUGAUUCAUUUACCUUCAAACCCUGGCGUUUGAUUAUAUUGUUAAGUAUGCUGCCUGGUUUUAUUGGUGCUUUAAUAUUGUUACCCUUUCCUGAAAGUCCAAAACUUUUAUUGGCCCAUGACAAACAAGAUGAAGCUUUAAAAGCUCUCUAUUGGAUUUCGAAAUUUAAUACUGGCAAAAGUUUAGAGGUUAUGCUAAAGACUACGAAAAUUUAUUUAAAAACAGAAGAGUUAGCAGAUGCUGAUUUGCUAACAAUGGGUUCGGGUUUCUCUGUUAUCACGAAAAUAUGGAAAGCUACAGUACCACUGUUCCAUAAACCUCAUGGCACGAAUGUUAUCUUAGCUGUUAUAGCUUUUCUGGGCAUAAUGUUUUGUUCCAGUGGUAUGCAGGUAUGGUUUCCCGAAAUAGUUAAUCGUUCAGUUGGUGGUUCAGUAUGGGGUAAUAGCACAACAUUGUGUGAAAUUUUAGAUGAAUCCUAUAGACGUGAUCGUUUGAAUGUAACAAAUGAAGAGGGUGAUAUAAGUCUAGUUUGUGAUGAUACCAUUUCCCCUAAAACCUAUAUCAAUAACAUGAUCAUGGGUUUAGCCUUUCUGGUGGGAUUUUCCGUACAGGGUAUGCUAUUAAGACCUUUGGGUAGAAAAAAUGUUUUAAUUGGCGGCAUACUGAUAGGAGCUUUAUGUGGCAUAUUAUUUAAUAUCAUCACUAACACAACGGGUAUUUUGAUAUUACUUUGUUUGUGUAUCUUGUUACCGGGCCUGGGGGUUUCGGUUAUGUGUGGCAUCAUAGUGGAUUUAGUGCCCACACAUUUUAGAGGAAAAGCCGUCAGUUUGGGUUUUACCUUGGGCCGCAUCGGCACUAUAGUGGCCACAAAUUUAUUUGCCGCUAUGUUACAGCCAUAUUGUGCGGGCAUUUUUGGCAUAAUUACUUGUGUACUUUUUGUUUGUGCUGGCAUCGUUUAUUAUUUGCCGAUUUAGUAUAAAAACAAUUUUUUACAAAUUAAAAUUAAGUAGUUUGUAGUUGUUAAAUAUAUAAGAUAAACUAAUAAAUAAGUUAUAAAUU